AUGCCACCACGGCUAAGAGCGGUCCGAGCCGCCUCAAAUCUACUGUCUGUAUGUUCAAGAGCACCUACAGCGGCAUUGAUCGCCCCAUUUCUCUGGCCCGCCCAGCAAAGAUGCGCGUCCAUUCUGUCUUCGCUCUCCGACAAUUCAGGCGCCUACAAUAAAAAGAUCCGCCGAGGUCGCGGACCUGCUUCAGGAAAGGGAAAAACCGGUGGACGUGGUCAGAAGGGUCAGCACGCACACGGCAAAGUCCCGGCAGGUUUUGAGGGAGGUCAGACACCACAAUGGAUCACCAAUCCUGAGCGAGGGCGGGGGAAGUACAACCCCUUCAAGGUGGAAAUGUCGCCGAUCAAUCUGGACCGAAUUCAGGAUUGGAUCAAUCAAGGGAGAUUAGACCCCAAGAAACCCAUCACUAUGAAGGAACUGGCCAAAUCAAGGUGUUUGCAUGGCGUUAAGAGGCAUGGCGUCAAGUUGCUGGCGAGAAAUCCGGAGCAAUUGACUACACCCAUCAACAUCGUCGUCUCGCGCGCCUCUGCCGACGCUAUCGCACGCAUUGAAGCUCUCGGCGGCAGCGUAACAACACGCUUCUACUCCCCCACAGCCAUCAAGCGCGUCCUUCGAGGCGACACACACCCUACGAUAUCUCUUCAAGCCUCACCAGACCUUGUCGCUCUCACCGGCCGUUUGCCAGCCGCCAAGAUCCCUUCGCCUAUCCUCAGCGCCCUUCAGACAGCCAGUGAAGAAAAGAAGAACGAAGCCAUGGCUGCUGUCAUGAAGCAGAUUGGUUCCAAGUACAAGUACAGACUGCCUGAUGCGACUGGCAGAAAAGACAUUGAAUACUACCGCGAUCCAGCACAUAGAGGGUACUUGAACUACCUCAUGAAGGAUGGCGAGAGCCCAAGUCUGUUCUUCAAGCCGCCAGGCGAGGCCAAAGACAGGAAGAAGCAGAGCGCGAGGAGAGAUGCCGCCAAGGCGAGCGCGGACAACAAGCUAUUCUAG